ACUUCGCGCUGUCGCUUUCGAUAUCGGCGGCUGCUCCUGUUUCCGUGCGAGGAGCCCGGCUCCGUCUUGGGGGGAUCAAAUGGACAAUCGGGGGGUGCAGAAGAUCAGCCUCGGGACCACCAUUAUGGCAGUGGAGUUUGAUGGAGGUGUCGUGGUGGCUUCCGACUCGCGAGUCUCUGCAGGGGAGUCUGUGGUGAACCGGGUCUUCAACAAGCUGGAACCCCUGCAUGACCGAAUUUACUGCGCGCUCUCCGGCUCUGCGGCUGAUGCCCAGGCCAUUGCUGAUACGAUUCAUUACCAGCUGGAGCUCCACAGUUUGAACAUGGAGGAGGCUCCGCUGGUUGUGGCUGCAGCCACCUUGGUGAAAAACAUUAGCUACAAGCACAAGGAAGAGCUCUCUGCUCACCUCUUGGUGGCAGGGUGGGACCACAGGAAAGGCGGGCAGGUGUACGUGACAAUGGGGGGGAUGCUCACCCGGCACCCCUUUUCCAUUGGGGGAUCUGGGAGCCAGUACAUCCAUGGCUACGUCGACUCUGCCUAUAGAUACGGAAUGGACCAGGAGGAAUGCCGCCACUUCACCAAAAACGCUAUUGCCCUGGCCAUGAUCCGGGACGGUUCCAGCGGAGGCGUCAUUUACCUCGUCACCAUCACCAAAGACGGCGCCAAGGAGGAAAUUGUCUCGGGAGACAAAAUCCCCAAGUUCUACGAUGAAUGAAUUUGCCUGCCCUCCCCUUCUGUUUUAAUCCAGUAAAUGUUGUUUUGACUAGAA